AUGUCUUUUCACGUUUCAGCCGUUCCUUCUUCAGUCAAAAACAAUGCCAAGGAAGAAACUAAACGUCGCUCGGCAGAUUAUCAUCCUAGCAUCUGGGGGCACCAUUUCCGCUCAUAUGCUACUGAUUUUAUGGAAAAUGAUGAUGAUAAAGCAAAACUACUGAAGCUGAAGGAGGAAAUUAAAAGCAUGCCAAUGGAUGACGCAAACAAGUCUCUGCAAAAACUUGAUUUGGUUAAUGUAAUCCAACGCUUAGGGGUCUCUUAUAAUUUUGAAAUUGAGGUUAAUGAAAUCUUAGAAGACGUCUAUAAGGCUCACAAUGAAAGUGAUACGGGAGAUGACACUGAUGACUUGUAUUCCAUCUCUCUUAAAUUCCGCUUCGUUAGACAACAUGGUUAUAAAAUCUCAUGCGACGUGUUCAACGAAUUCAAGGACAGUACUGGGAGCUUCAAGGCAUCUCUUGCAAAAGAUGUUCGAGGAAUGUUAAGCUUGUACGAAGCCUCAAAUCUCAGGGUUCAUGGAGAAAAUAUACUAGAUGAAGCCAUUACUUUCACUAUCAAUCACCUUGAGUCGUGGGUAGCAACUCAACCUAGCUCUCCCCUUGCAGGGCAAGUUAAGCAUGCCUUAACUCGACCUCUUCGCAAGAGUUUACCAAGGCUGGAGGCAAUAUAUUACAUGAGUAUCUAUCAUGAAGAAGCUUCGCACAAUGAAGUUAUAUUAACUUUUGCAAAGUUAGAUUUCAACAUAUUACAGAAGUUACAUCAGAAGGAACUCAGUGCUAUUACAAAGUAA